AUGCUAACGCAUCUCUGUCCGUCCUCCAGACCAGCAACAACAUCCACAGUCUCGCAAUCCAGCGGCCAAGAGAUCCUCGCAAACCAACGCCUCCACCGUCCGAUCUCUCCCCACCUCUCCAUCUACCGCCCCCAAAUAACAUGGUACGGCUCGGCUCUGAACCGCAUCACGGGCGCCACGCUGUCCAGCGGCAUCUAUCUCUUCGGCGCGGCGUACCUCGUCGCCCCGCUCUUCGGGUGGCAUCUCGAGAGCGCGUCCCUGGCCGCGAGUUUCGCCGCCUGGCCGAUCGUGGCCAAGGUGUUGUUCAAAGGCGCGGUCGCCUUCCCGUUCACGUAUCAUGGGUUGAAUGGGAUUAGGCAUCUAGUCUGGGACACGGGCGCGAGCUUGACGAACAAGCAGGUUAUUUAUACGGGGUGGACGGUCGUCGGGCUGAGUGUGGUGAGUGCGUUGGGGUUGACGUUUUUGUGA